GUCACGACGUAUCUCCUCUGCCUCCCCAGUCACCCCGGGUCUUUCUCACCCCUCCCCUGCUUCUCAGCUCGGGAGACAAGGCUCGGUUCCAAGGGACCGGAAGGGGACCCGUCCAAGAUGAGCUGCCCAAACAUGGCUCUGCUGCGUGUCCUUUCCCGGGUCUCCGGUGCAGGACCAGCCAGCUGCCGAAGCCUGGCCCGAGGUCUGCACAGUAGUCCCUCCUCUUCCUCCUACAAGUAUGUGAAUGUGAAGGAGCCCACCAUGGACUUGAAAUCUGUGACUGACCGAGCUGCCCAGACCCUGCUAUGGACGGAGCUCUUCCGAGGUUUGGGGAUGACUCUGAGUUACUUGUUCCGGGAGCCCGCCACCAUCAACUAUCCCUUUGAGAAAGGCCCUCUGAGCCCCCGUUUUCGCGGGGAGCACGCCUUGAGGCGCUACCCUUCAGGGGAGGAGCGGUGUAUUGCCUGCAAACUCUGUGAGGCCGUCUGCCCAGCCCAGGCCAUCACCAUUGAGGCUGAGCCCAGGGUGGACGGCAGCCGGAGGACGACCCGCUAUGACAUCGACAUGACCAAGUGCAUCUACUGCGGCUUCUGCCAGGAAGCCUGCCCCGUGGACGCCAUUGUGGAGGGUCCCAACUUUGAAUUCUCCACCGAGACCCACGAGGAGCUGCUGUACAACAAGGAGAAACUUCUCAAUAACGGGGACAAGUGGGAAGCCGAGAUCGCUGCCAACAUCCAGGCGGACUUCCUGUACCGGUGAAGCCCCAGCUCCUGUGACACUCCCCUCAUGCCCCAACACUUCCCUCACGCCCCAUCUGGUCCAAGGGCAGCAGCUGCCCUCGGUCUGGGCCCCUUGGAAUAAAGCCUAGAAAUGUG